ACAAGAUGGCUGACGCUACAAAAUGGCGGGUCGCGGCCAUUUUGGUAAUUUGUUUCGCCGUUAACUUGAAUACAGUGAUGUCAUCUGAAGAAGUUAUGACAAAAAUGGGUGUAACUUUUUUCAACGUUCUAGAAGAGUGUAAAAAAGAACUCAAAGUGACCACGAACAUCAACGAAGGGCUGGUGAGGUUCUGGAGCCAGGGCGCGGCUCCGGAGCGCGAGCUGGGCUGUGUGUUCCUGUGCAUGGCGCACAAGAAGGACCUGCUCGAGGACCAGAAGCGUCUCCACCACGAGAACGCGCACCAGUUCGCCAGGGGACAUGGAGCUGACGACGACAAAGCCACAGAGAUCGUGAGCCUCCUACGCGAAUGCGAGCAGCAGUUCAUCACCAUAACCGACGACUGCUCGCGAGCGCUGGAGGUGGCUCGAUGCUUCCAGGCGCACAUGCAGCGGCUACAGUGGGCCCCCUCGAUGGAGGUCAUGGUGGAGGAGAUCCUGGCUGGGAUGGCUUAGGAGUCGGCUUUUGAAACUUGUAAUUGAAUUUGAUUAAAUUAUUUUACAACUGA